AGAACACAGAAUAUAAAAAUGUCAAACGAACAAAAGCAACGUAUCCAAGUUCCAGAUGCACUGCGUGAAGUUCUGCUAGAAUUCUCCAUAGCCUAUCUGCUGGAACAGCCAGGCGAUGUGGUCGAUUUUGCUGUCGAAUACUUUACCAAACUGCAGGAAUCACGCCGACAAUCGGCCUUUAAUCGAGAUAAUGACCGUGGUUCAGUCGAUGAUAGUGUCAUGUCUCAGGAAGAUGAUGACGAACCAGUUGUUCCACGAUUCUCCAACCGACGCAAAUCUGUUUUUGCAGAGGCCUAUGACCCAGAAAAUGACGCAGAUGAUGAUGACGGCGCAACUGCUGUUUUCCCGAAAUCAGAUGAACAACGGUCGCGAUUAAUAGAGUCCGUUAAAAAUGUUUUACUAUUCCGUUCUCUUGAAAAGGAACAGAUGAACCAAGUUUUAGACGCAAUGUUUGAGAGAAGAGUAUCACCUGGUGAAAACAUUAUUCGUCAAGGAGACGAUGGCGACAACUUCUACGUCAUCGAAUCGGGUGUUUACAAAGUAAUCGUAAAUGACAAUCAUGUUCACACGUACACCAACAGUGGUAUAUUCGGAGAACUGGCUUUAUUGUACAACAUGCCCAGAGCUGCCACCAUACAAGCUGAAACUGAAGGGUUGCUAUGGGCAAUGGAUCGCCAGACCUUCCGACGCAUAUUACUAAAAUCUGCCUUUAAAAAAAGAAAAAUGUACGAAUCAUUGCUGGACAGCGUGCCAAUGUUGAAGACAUUGCAGAAUUAUGAACGCAUGAAUUUGGCUGACGCUUUGGUUACCAAGCGUUUCAAUAUAAACGACAGGAUUAUCAAGCAGGGAGAUGUUGCCGACGGCAUGUAUUUCAUAGAAGAGGGCACAGUUGUCAUUAAAAUGGAUCAAGAUGGCUCUGAGAUUGAAAUCUCCCAGCUGGGAAAGGGUGCAUACUUUGGUGAAUUGGCAUUGGUAACGCAUCGUCCACGUGCAGCAUCCGUGUAUGCCGCAAGUGAUGAUGUGAAGGUUGCAUUCCUCGAAGUUGAGGCAUUCGAACGUUUGCUUGGACCUUGUAUGGAAUUGAUGAAGCGCAACAUUGACGAUUACGAGACACAGUUGAUUAAAAUUUUUGGCAGUAAAAAUAAUAUCACCGACACACGAUAAAAAGUCUGAAGCUGUAAAGAUUUAAUCCAAGUCCAAGAACAUACACUUA